UUACGCAUAUAAUACCACUACAAAGAUUCAUCCUCACACGACACCGUUUUCACCCACUCCACGCUUCCGUCGGGGACUCACCCCCGCCAAAACCCGCUAUUGUCGUCGCCACCCUCUCACAAAUUCAUUUCCACUUUUGCCCCUCCCUUGCGUUUCGAAUUUCAAUUCGCUCCAAUCGAAGUUCGAUUUUGCGAAACACUCCAUUCCAGAAGCUUCGAUUCUCGAUCGCCGAGAAACGGAGCCCUAAAAAUAAUUCUUCUAGGGUUUCUCUGUCUUUGCGUGGUUUUGGUUUUGAAAUUUUUGAUCCGUUCGGGAAUGGGGGAACGAGGAGAGGACGAGGAUUUGCAAAUGGCGAUUCGAAUGAGCAUGCAACGCGCGACGCCGGAGACGAAGCGCAGCAAGCCGCAGGAUGCCGCCGCCGGGGCGGUUUCGGAAUCGUCGGAAGAUUCGCCAGAGUCUAAGACCCGGCGGAGGGAGCUCAUGGCGGCGGCGGCAGAGAAGCGGAUAGCGGCAGCGGUGAGGGUUUUGCCAUCAUCAUUGCCACCGGGGAAGAAAAGUGGUGAAUUGGGGAGGAGAGAGGAGUUGCGUUUGAAGAGUGUGAAUUCGAGUAAGGAACUUUCAGCGGAAGAAGCAAAUCAAUUGUUUUCUAUGGUGUUUGGAAAUGAAGUCUCUAAGGGGAUUCUUGCACAGUGGAGCAACCAGGGAAUACGGUUUAGCUCUGAUCCUGUAACAUCAAUGGGCCUAGUGCAGCAUGAAGGCGGUCCCUGUGGCGUUUUGGCAGCUAUACAAGCAUUUGUGCUUAAACACAUCAUUUUCUUCAGUGAUGAGUUGAAAGAUGUACCAUGCCUGCCACAAAAGGGUCUGGGUGCAUCAUUUAAAAGUCUGUCUGUUCCAUCUUAUACUUUUUCUUCACUCCCUGAAGGUGUAAAAGUAAGGGCCCUCGUAAGAAGUAUGGCUGAAAUUUUAUUUUCAUGUGGAAGUAAUAGAAGGGCUGUGAUUGCAACUUUGAGCUUUCCAGAGAAUCACAUUCCACGUUUUGAAGGGAUUUCAGAGGACGAGGUUAUUGCAAAAUCACUUCAAGGUCUUUCUAUUGAAUCUGCCGUGGAUCUGCAGAAAGUUCUUAGAGUCGAAACGUGCACAUCACAAACAACUGCAUUGCAACGGCUUGAAGCAAAUCUUCCCUUCUUCCAAAGUCGAAUGGGAGCAUUGCUUUUCCUAAUCUCUGCUUUACUUUCUCGAGGACUGGACUUGGUUCAAAGCGACAGGGAUGAUCCCAGCCUACCACUGGUUACAGCACCUUUUGGGCAUGCCUCUCAGGAAAUUGUGAACCUACUGCUCUGUGGGGAGGCCGUCCCUAAUGUGUUUGAUGGAAGGAUGGAUUUAGGGGGAGGGAUGUUUCUAAAAGGUAUAUCUCGAGAUGUGGAAGUUGGAUUUCUCACACUUUUGGAAUCCCUGAAUUUUUGCAAGGUUGGUCAGCAUCUGAAAUCUCCAAAGUGGCCUAUAUGGGUUGUGGGGAGUGAAUCCCAUUACACUGUGCUGUUUGCUCUAGACCCCAGCGUUCAAAGUGAGAAUGAACUGGAAGGAAGGGAAACACAGAUACGCAAAGCCUUUGAUGCACAAGAUCAGAGUGGAGGUGGUGGUUUCAUUAGUGUGGAAGGUUUCCAUCAAGUCCUCAGAGAAACAGAUAUCAAAUUUCCACCAGAGAAGCUGGAACAUCUUUGCUCUGCAGGGUUCAUUGUGUGGAGUGAAUUCUGGCAAGUAAUUUUGGAUCUAGACAAAAGUUUGGGAGGUUUGAAGGAUUCAUCAGGAUUGAUGGGUAAGAAGGUCUUUGAUCUAUACCAUUUUAAUGGGAUUGCUAAAUCAGAUCUGAAUGGCAGCCAAGUAAAUUCUGCGGGUGAAACUCCACUACAAAGACCCCGGCUGACAAAAUUGAGAGUUUCAGUGCCUCCAAGGUGGACGCCUGAGGAAUUUAUGGCAGAUGUGAAGGUUUCAUCUGCUCCUAGUGCUAGUGACUCUGCUGGGAAGGACAAUGAAGUAUCUAAACCGGAGCCUUCCCAGCAUGCGCCUUUGGUGGACUGCAUAAGAACACGCUGGGCCCGUGCUACCUGCAGCUGGUUUGGGGAUCCUCCUAGUAUAGUUUGAGAGGCAUUAUUUGGAGUCGUAUGUGGUGCUUACAGGUGUUUUACAGGAAAGCACGACCAUUUCAAUCAAGAGUAGACAAAGCCUUUACGUUUUAUUUUGAUGUGGUAUCUCGAGGCACAUGAAUAGGGGGUUCAGAUCUCCAAAUUUUCUCCAAUAUGUGCAUAGCCGUUAUGUAAUGUGGAUUGAUGUAUGUUGAACGUUCUCUUCUAUUUUAGCAUGCCAUUCGUAAGUUAAAACAAAAAAAAAAAAAAAAAAAAGAGGGGGUGGAGAUAUUUAUUGUCAAGCCUGCAUGUAGCAUCCAAAAUGUAAUGCCACCAAUUAGGAAGAGUUAUAUACAGUUCUUGGGAGGUUAGUAAUAAACGUGAAAACCUGUUCUUGUUUCUGAAAUUGUUGUAAUAGUAAAGUAUCAUGCUUGGCUUCUGGAAUUUGGGAAAAUGAACAGUCAUAAUAAUACCAUCGCCUCCUCUGUUGUGGAACAUCUUUCUCUUGA